AUGGCAUUCGCUGGUCUCACAGGUUCAGCCCUGGCCACAGCUCGCAUUUUUUGUAUCGUUGUUCCCGCAUUCCUGUUAUUCGGUUACAAUCAGUCUAAUAUGGGUGGAGUUCUGGAUUAUGAUUCUUUUGUGAAACACUUCCCAGCUAUUGGCGCUGUGAGUACAGAGGGUACCACCAAGGCUACUAAUGCUAGGGUUCAGGGAACUGUGACCUCUAUCUAUACUCUUGGCUGUCUUUUCGGUGCCCUCGGAGUAGCCCCAAUUGGAAACCGGCUUGGGCGGCGUCAAACCCUGAUCAUCGCCUCCGCCGUGGCUACAAUCGGCCUCGUCAUUCAAUGCACCUCCUUUCGCCUCCCUCAACUCAUCGUCGGUCGCAUUUUAUCCGGUAUUGGAAAUGGGGGCGUCAAUACAAUCGUUCCGGUCUGGCAAAGCGAGUGUACAAAGGUGAAAAGCCGUGGGAAGAGCGUGGUCAUCAUUGGGAUCUUCAUUGCAACGGGAAUUGCAUUAGCCGGCUGGGUCAAUUAUGGCCUUUCAUCCAGCUCGGAUCGUGAAAUUGCCUAG